AUGUCGACAUCAAGUAGCAGUUUCAACGGGAAUGAUGGCAACACCGGCUAUUUGCGAUUCGAGAGACUUGGUUGCAGAAAAUAUGCGAUGCGUACCGGAUUUGAACUGUCUAAAACCCCCAAAAAUCCUAAUCGGCUAUACCAUGAUUGUCCUAAUCAUGAGUUCAUAGAUUGGGUUGUGCCGAUUGGAGGUGAUGUCGGAAAUGGGGUGAAUGAUGCAAGGAGAAGAGACGGCGGAUGGGUAGCGAGAAGCCACGAAUACGAUGGUCAGAAUGGUAGGUAUGAAAUGAGAAAUAGCAAUUGUAACUGUGCAAGCCACGAAUUCGAUGGUCAGAAUGGUAGUGGUGUUAUUGAUUCGGGGUUAGCGAGUGUUGAACUGUUGAAAAGUUGUAUCACUAUUUAG